AUGCCGCCCAGGAAGAAGGGAGCGAGCGUGGCCUCUGCGGCGGCCAAGAGGAGGCAGACCUUGUCGGCGAAGAGGGCCGUGGCCAAGAGGCUUCAAGGAUCCCAGGAGACACCGGACGACGAACAAGCAGGGGAGACGUCUGCCGCCGUCCCGGUCGAAUGCGGAGAUCUCGCCUCUGAGACGGGGGAGGAUGCCACCACUUCGAGAGAAGAGGCCCCUUGGUCGGUGAAGAUGGAAGCGGAGGAGGACCUCCACGCUGCUGACGUUUCAGGGCCCUCGCUGGAAGGUCGGUAUAAUGAGGCGGCGGCGGCAGAGAACGGUGAAGAGGCUGCGGUGUUGGACGGGGAAGAUGGGCUCCCGUCUUCCACCGCUGCCGCAACUGCCACGCUGCCGCUGGCUCCAAACUCCCUCCUUGCAAUUUCCCGCGGUGUGGACGAUCUCCGUGGAUUAUCCACAGCCCUCUCCAGCUUCACCAACUGUUGGGACGACCUGUGUAACUACCUCGGCUACAUCCAGGCCGCCAUGGACGCCCUUGCACGGGGGCUUGAUGCGCAUUCCGUGCGUCCCGCAUCAUCAGUUGGGGAACUGUAUCCGGUAGGGGAAAAGUUCGAAAUUGAAACAGAGAAGAAGAAGGGUGAGACCUGGGAAAAUACAAACUCAGUAGUGGACCUGAAGUCUAUAUGUGAGAGAAUGUUGGGAAGGAAUCUGAGGCGGUAUGUAGUGGCCCACCUGUCGGAGGUAGACCGGCUCCGGGAGGAGGUGCCCAAGGCCCUUCAGCUUUCCCCCGACCCAGCGAAACUUGUGUUGAGUUGCAUGGGCCGGUUUUAUCUCCAAGGGAGCAGAGCCUAUGGGGAUCCCAAUUCACCGAUGGUGGGUGUCCGACGGGCAUGCAUCUUGGUGCUUGAGUUUUUUCUCCUCUCUGGCUGCGCCUGUUCCAACGCCGUUCACCUGUUGUCCUCUUCAUCUCGUGCCUCCAUGGCCGACUCUGAGCGUCUCCAGGCUGCGGAAGGAAGCGAGCCGUCCAUUUCUGUCAGGGAGGAGGCCAAGGUGGCAGCAAUCGCUUGGAAGAACCGGCUUCUCGCUGAGGGUGGUGUUACUUUGGCAAGUGCGGUCGACGCCCUUGGCCUGGCUCUCUUUGUUGCCUCAUUCGGCAUCCCAUCAGAAUUUGACAGUGAGAUCAUUUACGAUCUAUUCCGGAUGUGUAACAUGAAGAAGAAGGCAGACAUUCUCCUCCGGUCAGGAAUCGUUGUGGAGAAGUUGCCUGGUAUUUUCUGUUCCUUUUUGAUUCAUCUUGUGCAUAUUUCAUUAAUCUUUAGGUACAAAAAAGCUGAAACAUGCAAUGAUCUGUGGAUGCCUUUUAAUAAUAUCUCCGGCCCUUUAUUCGACAGGUGUUUGCUAAUGAACUUCAUAAGCCGUCCUUUUUUGGUUUACAUUUUUGAACUUUUAUUUAUCCUUUUCUUGUAUUGCUCAGAUUGUAUGUCGUCUUUCUGAAGGGAUAAGAAGCACCAUAGAAAAUUGAACCCACCUUUGGUAUUUAUCAUGUUUGUAAUGAACAAAGAAUUAUUAUUAUAGUUCAACAUAUUCCUUUCUACAAUCUCUCCUCUAAUGCCUCUUCUUCAUCAGCUGAGCAGUACUACAUUUUAUAGCCCAUCGUAGGGACUCAGAACAACAACUUCAUGCAUCACGUUGCCGUGAAAAGAGUCUCAUGCAAUUUUUGGCGCUACCACAUACUCAGUCAAACAUCUUAUCUGAUAAAAAGUGUUGCCUUCAUGAGAUACACCCCUUCUUCCUCUCCUUUCAAAUUGCCCAGAUACUCACAUCGAGGACAGUCACAAGAAAUUUUGAACCCCCUUUCCACGUCCAAUGAUAUGUCUCCCUUAAACAUAUGCCACCCGUCAUUUUUUUUCAUUAUACUGGUAUAAAUAAUUUACAUUGUAUAAUUAUGUGGCUAUGUACAUUUUUAACAUUGUAGAUGUGGUUAGGAUAUGGUAUUCAAUGCACGGCCUUGAUUCUUCGUGCUUGAAUCUGCCCAAGUCUGAUAUUUUGUGCAACUAAUGACAACAAUAUCUGGAAAUAAGGGACUACCAGUGGAAGUGGUUUUCUAUUUAUCAACUUUCUUGCAUCAUUUUGGAAGGAGGAUCUGCCCUAAUUGUUUGGCCAGGUGUCUCCAAGUGUCUCAAUUCUCUUGCUUUUUUGAAACAUGGGCUUAUGUGCAUUGAUCAAACAUUCAUUGAAUCAAGGAGAGCUCUCCAUGUGCUUUAUGGGCACAUGGGACGCACUUUCAAGGGACAACAUUCAUUCUCUGCACACCCUGAACACAUAUUCGAAGCUGGUUUUGCUUUUUGAUAAGGGUCAAAGAGACAUAAUUUCGGGGAAAGAUUAUGUCUCAAUUGUAUAAUUGGAAGGCUCCAACGAAUGAGCUGAUUGAUUUUCUGCCUCUGCGGUUUCAUUAUUUUAAUCUAGGUGUUCUUUGUCCUGUGUCAUGUUCUGUAUACCACGUACUAUCUUUCAAUCAGCGAUGCUAAAAAAACUCAACCUUGAAUUACUUUUUUUGUUUCGUUUCAAAAAGCAUUAUUUUACAUCUUUCAUCUUUUCAUAUUGGGAUAUUUCUUUCUGUUUGACAUGUAAAACAUCAAUUUUUUAGUCGUGUUUUCGUUAUCGUGCAGUAGUCACCGUAGGCAAAAAAUAAAAUAUAGUAGAUCAGUUAUGCAAAUAUCAAAUUUAUGAAGUCUGAAUAAAUUAAACUUUUAAGAACACAUGUGGAGUGCUUUGCUCUCAGUCUAUUUGCCAUCUGGUGUCUCGAAGGAUUGGAGAAAACCAAGAAAUAACAGUGCGUGGUGUCUUUCACAAGCAUCGAAAUCCUCUGUGAGAUCAAACAAUCCAUUGUCUUCAGUCAUACUGUACGUACGAUAGCUCUGCUGUGGCUGGGUUGUCAUAGAGGAUGCCUCCUGCUGUUGCUCAGGAUUAUCUCUUAUAGCUUUUGGGGCCUAUUUCUUCGCUCAAGAUUUCUCUGACUUACUGAAUGGAAGAAAAAUGCAGAUUAGUCCCAACCAAGAUGGAAAUAUGCUCCUUUGAUUGUAGGUUCAUACCACACUGGAUCAGACAAGACACAACUAAUAUUCAUUCUCAUAAUGGGAACGGAUACUUUGGGUGAAUGUAUAUAGGUAUUAUAUUAUUUCGGGUCCCUGCAUCAUAAUGUUUUAUUGCUGCUUUAUUUAUGAUUUUCUUCAUUUCUCUUUCCUUUUUUCUUUACAUUUCUACAAUUUUCCUUGAAUAUGUUUCGGCUGUGGAAAAUUUUACUGAGAAGAUUAUGCUUUGUCCCAAUUUCCGAGGACUACCUUAGUCAACUGGAAUAUUGCAGUUUCUAUUCUCCUAUACUUUUCCAUCUUCGUGGUCUGUAUAAAGUUUUGUAGUUGUACUAUGCUUUCUCGUUGUUAUCUGGGCCUGUUAUUGGUGCAUCUUUUGGGCCCCAGAGCUAUUUACAAUUAGCCAAUUAAGAAUUCUCAGCUGAUUAUGGGUAAAGCAUAGGCUUAUUCUGCUAAAGGAAUUUACAGCCAAGAGACUUUAGUUUGAUAUAGAAUUAUGUAAUCUCAUUGAAAUCGCCUGAAAGUCAGCGUUAAACGGAAAAUAUGAACCGAAUUUUUCGGAUCAGUUAGGGAAAACUGUUUACUUGGGGGUGCGUUUGAUAAAAAAGACAACUGAAGGGUGUGAUCAUUAUUCUCAAGACGUGAGACGUGCACAUCUUGUUCCUCUCUUAGAACAUACGUGCUGUAUUGAGUAUUUUCUACCAUGUCUAAGUGUUUAAGAAGCGCUGGAGUUGUGGGUUUUGUAAGCAAUGUGUAAAGCUCCAGGCUCUGGUGUUUAGUCUCAUACAAUAACAUUUACAAAACCAUAUAUGAGAUGUACAAAAAAAAAACAGCCCAGCGCUUGUAUUGAAAUAAAACCACAUUAGCUUCAUUCUCAAAAGCCAAGAACUUGGAAUUAUUCUGAGACCCUUCCUGAUGUAUCGGAAAAAUUUAACCAAUGCAUUGGUUUUGGGAGGAUUUUCCACAGAAUAUACGCUGUUGUUCUAUUUCUAUCUGGACUUUCAUUGCAAUGUUGACUUUUAUGGUCUGGAUUGGCAGUAUUUGUCAAUUGUUCAUUUUGUGAUUUAGCUGUCCUCUAUCAUCUACCAUGUAUUGAACCAAUGUUUGGCCAUUUUCCGUUAUAUCUUGUUUUAAUUGUAGGGGCUCGAAAUAUCCCUGAUCUUUUAGCUCUGGUAUAUGUUAAUUUUUCCAUCAAAUGUUGAAUAAUUUUUCGGAGGUGGUUGUCUGUUUGGGGCAACAUAUUGAUAGCCUGUAAUUGUGGCAUAGCCUGUGACUAUCGAUAAAGGAAGAUAAUCUCAACUUAUGUCAAAAUGUCCUUCGUUUGACAUGGAUAGGCUGAUGAUAAGUGGUGGUAGCACAUACAGGCACCAUUUAGGGGUGUUUUUACAUAUGAAUUAUUCAGGGUGUCUUGCAGUUUUGUAAGCUUCCACGAGGUGCUGAUACAGGCACCAUUUUUCUUUCUCUUUUCAUUUUUUAAGAAACCUAUUGAUUUUUGGUGCUGCUGUGCAGAUAUCGUUCAAGAUUUGGUGCAAAAAGAGAAAUACAUAGCAGCUGCUGACCUUGUUUGUGGCUUUGGUCUCCAAGAGAAGCAUCUUCCUCUAGAUUUGAUAUCAUCUUUUUUGAUCAAAACCAAUACAGAUGCAAAUGAGGAAAGAAGAGAGGGACAAUCUUCAAUGAGAUCACUGGUAUGUGCCUAAUUUAUGGUACGGUUUUAUUUCAUUUCGAAGCCGAAAUUUGCAAAUAAUCAUCUGUCCAGAAGAUGUCUUUUGAACUUGUUCGCUGUCCACCUUUUGUGGUGUUUCACUAAAUGUAGUUGAAUUCAGGCUCUUGUGAAAUUAACAUGUCGAAUUUUGACCUUUCCCAUAGAACUCUUUUAUCCUAUCCUUUAUAUUCUAUGCCUAUUUUAUUUAUUUUUUUCUGAUGAUUUUGAUUCUCUGGGAGGGAGAGAGAUAUGUGGGAUUGGCCUCAAGGGUUUUUAUUUUAUCGAAAUGGUAGUCAGAAUUUCUCAGACUAACAUGGUGCUGGCUAUCUUUCUGUGUAGAAGGAUUUGAUGUGCUUUUUCUGAUAUUAUACUUGUACAUGCUUUUUUUUGUUUUCAAGUCUCUAAUGAAUUGUUUGAUACUACCCACCUCAGAAAAUGGAAAAUAUAAAGUAAUAUUAUUUAAUUCAAUACGAGAGAUUAUUGAAAGUAAGAUUAUCUAAUCCAGCCAGCAGCCUAGGCUGUUCAUGGCUUAUAGUGGUCUGCAUCGAAGGUACUAUUUAUGAUGGUGAGAGGCGUUCCCCGCUUGCAUCUUCUUAAUAUUUAUCAUGUUAGUGGGUGACGAAAUCGCUUCUCCUGAAUUUCUAUUAUGAGUAUGACCGCAAGGGAACUUUUUGUCCUGGAUUUCUUUGUAUGAAUUGGUUGAAAAUUUUUGAGCAGCCGUCUCAAUUUGUCAGUGUUGGACACAGUUAAAUGCGCUAAGUUCUUCACGAUUUUGAACAAAAAGUGCAUGAUGCUUGAACGCCGGAAUUAGAAACUUUUUCAACAAGUGAGAGACGCGCGAUCACACGACUAUUUACUCACAAAAAGCCCAUGAUGUUAGUUAUCUUUGAAUUUAUCUAUCUCCACACACGGCUAUUUUACAUGUAUGUUCAUGUCUGUUUGCCUGUGUAGCAGGAUUCUCGCUUCUUUUUCCUCAUGUAUUGUUUCCAACCGCUCCUCUCGUCACAUGCCCAUGUCAGCCCUUGACCCUUGUGUCUAUAUCCUCUGGAUCGCCGCCACCUGUCUGAGCCAUGGCUAAGAUGUACUGGGUCUAUAAGCCACCAGCGUUAGGCUCUUAUUGCAUAUGUUUGACCGUCCCCAGCAUGGCUGACUGGUGAGACUUUGGGUCAACCGUCCCUGGAUCUCUCACCUACUUUCUGUGCAUUUAGAGUCUGUUGACGUUGCCACCAUCAUCUGCUGCAUGUAAUGGAGAUGUUCCCUCCGAAGAGUGAAGAUCUAGGCGCAAUUGCCUAGUUUUUAGGCGGUCAAGAUGCAUUAUUGUGCAAAUUAAGUACCCGUCGUAGUUUAAAAUCUUUUGGACUCUCUUAUAUUUUGAUUAUAUCGCUCAUUUUCUAUACCUUUUUAUUUUAUCUUUAUGUUCUAUGACAGAGAGAGACGACUGCGAACCAGCUGGCUGCGUACAAGUCCGUAGUCAAAUGCCUGGAGGAGCACAAGCUCGACGCGUCGUCCCUUGCCAAUUUCAGGAUCGAAGGGAACAUCUCAAAGCUGGAGAGAGAGCUUGUGAAGCUCGAGAAGAAGUUGAGAGAGAAGAUGGUGAAGAGGAAGGCCGAGGGGUUGGAGCAGGUGGGCGAGAUGAAGGCGACCCCUCAGAUGAUGAAGCGGCAGUUCCUGGCCCCAGUGGAGCUGCCCCCCAACCGAGCCCCGACUCUCCCCCAGGACCACGGCAUGGGCUUGCCCAUCAUGCCCAGUGACCUGUACGACGGCUUCAGCAACAGAGGGGUCGACACUACCUUUGGCUCCACAGCGGGCUUCUACAGUGGAGGAGGAGGUGGUGGAUACUCGUCAAUCGGGGGAGGAAACGGCAUCCAGUCGUACCAUCAAAGGUGGUAUCCUGGAGGAGCAUCCGGGGACAACCACCUCGGGCACGAGUAUGCAGGUAGGUUGGGGGGGCCCUCGGCGCACAGAGGCCCGACGGCGCCGCCGCUGCCCCCACAACGGCAACUGGCGGAUCCGUUGCUGCUGGCCUCGUCAUCACCUGGAAUGAUGGGAAGCCGAGCCGGCGGCUCCAGCAUUUAUGGAUUUGGCGACAACUUUGUGGAGAACGAGCUGUACUAUCGCACAGCCAGAAGCAGCGGUCAGUCGAAUCCCACGGCUGGAUACCACCCCUCGCCCUACUGAUCAGCUUCGACGUUGUUGACUAA